GCUAGCCUCCCGGUGCUGCAGGCUCUAGUUCUGUCUCUAACCGGUCGACAUGGUCCAACUGGUGGGUUCCCUCCGAAAAGAACUGGCCGACUCCCUUUCCACCUGCAAGGUGCUGGUGGUGGGAGCGGGAGGGAUUGGUUGCGAGCUGCUGAAGAAUCUCGUCCUCACCGGGUUCAAAAACAUCGAAGUGAUUGACCUGGACACAAUUGAUGUCAGCAACCUGAAUCGCCAGUUCCUCUUUCAGAAAAAACAUGUCGGCAAGUCUAAAGCACAGGUGGCCAAGGAGAGUGCGUUGCAGUUCUGUCCCAGUGCAAAUAUUAUUGCCUACCAUGACAGCGUCAUGAACCCUGACUACAAUGUGGAGUUCUUCAGAAAGUUCAUGCUGGUGAUGAAUGCUCUGGAUAACAGAGCGGCCCGCAACCAUGUGAACAGAAUGUGUUUGGCAGCUGAUAUCCCUUUGAUAGAGAGUGGCACAGCUGGUUACCUGGGGCAAGUCACUGUCAUCAAGAAGGGAAUGACGGAGUGCUACGAGUGCCAACCUAAGCCCACCCAAAAGACCUUCCCAGGGUGCACCAUAAGAAACACGCCAUCUGAGCCCAUACACUGCAUUGUCUGGGCCAAAUAUCUUUUCAAUCAGCUAUUUGGAGAAGAGGAUGCAGAUCAAGAGGUGUCACCUGACACAGCGGACCCAGAGGCUGCAUGGAACCCCGAAGAGACAGCAGCUCGUGCCACAGCCUCAGAAAAGGACGGGGACAUCAAGCGCAUCUCCACCAAGGAAUGGGCCCGAUCCACCGGAUACGACUCCGUCAAACUCUUCAACAAGCUUUUCAAAGACGAUAUCAUGUACCUGCUGACCAUGGACAAGCUGUGGAAGAAGAGGAAAGCUCCUACACCUCUGGACUGGCAACAGUUAGAGAAAAGUGUGCGUCCUCAGGAAGAAACUCCAGGUUCCGGUUUGAAGGACCAGCAGGUUCUAGGUGUUUGGGGUUACUGCCAGCUGUUCCAGCACAGCGUGGAGACUCUCAGCUCACAGCUGCAGGAGAAGGGAGAAGGUGCUGAGCUGGUCUGGGACAAGGAUGACCCUCCAGCCAUGGACUUUGUUACUGCAGCAUCAAACCUACGUAUGCACAUCUUUAGCAUGAACAUGAAGAGCCGCUUUGAUGUAAAGUCCAUGGCAGGGAACAUCAUCCCAGCUAUUGCCACAACCAACGCCGUCAUUGCUGGACUCAUUGUGCUGGAGGGACUCAAGAUCCUGGCAGGGGAACUAGAAUCCUGUCGCACGAUCUUCCUGAACAAGUGUCCCAACCUCAGGAAGAAGCUGCUGGUCCCAUGUGUCCUUGACCCACCCAGCGCCAACUGCUAUGUCUGUGCCAGCAAACCUGAAGUCACAGUCAAACUCAAUGUCCACAAAACCAUGGUCCUCUCUCUGCAGGACAGGAUCCUGAAGGAAAGGUUUGGCAUGGUGGCUCCAGAUGUUCAGAUAGAAGAUGGAAAAGGGACCAUCCUCAUUUCCUCGGAGGAAGGAGAGACAGAGGCCAACAACAGCAAAUUUCUUGCUGACUUUGGGAUCCGUAAUGGAAGCCGUCUGCAAGCUGAUGACUUCCUGCAAGACUACACACUCCUCAUCAACGUCCUACACACUGAGGAGCUAGAGCGGGAUGUGGAAUUUGAGGUAGUCGGUGAGGCCCCAGACAAAGCUCCGCCCCCUCAGACUAACCAGGAAGAGGUUAACAGCAUCACCAAUGGCAACAAGGACUCCGCCCAGCCGUCCACCUCCUCUAAAGCUCCAGCAGACGACGAUGACAUCAUGAUCGUUGACUCUGAUGAGGAAGAAGCGGUGUCAUCCAGCUCUGCAGCAACAGUGAGCACCAGCACCAAGAGGAAGCACCCGGAUGCAGAAACUGGCGAGACCUCCACCAAGCGUCCACGGACGGAGCAGUCAAGUGCAGCAGCUGCCCCCACCGACAACGAUGACGAUGACAUCAUUGCUCUGGACUAACCCCUCCUCCGUGGUCUCCUGAAGGACUGAGAACUCUUUGCAAGCUUGUCGUUUUGACUCAAGACAGACAGUAGGCUUAAAUAAAACGCCUCUUUUAUGAAGAACAAUUUACUGCCCUGCUUUAUCUUUCGUCACUCCCUCCUCCCCAACUCUGUGUUUGUUUGUGCUUUCAUAUCCCUCUGCUCUCCACAUGAUGCUGUAAAUAGAUUCUACACUUUAAAAAGUUUUGAAAAACACAUGCAACUUCUUUUGUUAUUUUUAUUCAUUCCUUGUCCCUAUAAAAUGCUUCUCUGGAUGGUAAAAAAAAAAAAAGUGCUUAUUUUGUAUUUUUUAUAAACGUACUGUAUUUCUCAUGCUAUACAAGUCAGGGUGUUUUUUGUGCUUUGUGGUCAGGUUACAAAAGAUUUAAAACCAAAACAUUUUCUUGGAUUGUAAUAUUGAUCUCAAUUGUUGUGAAGGGAUGGUAAACGACAGACAGACCCAGGAGUCUGCAGAUUGUGGUACUUGAGCAAAGGCGCCUGCUUGCAGGUGCUGUUGAUGUUGAUGGACUGGGUCGGUAAAGCACAGAGGCACAGACGGGGAGUUUGGCCACGUUGUGCCAUGGGGCGUUAGUUUGCUACCUCUUUUCUAGAACUAACAUGUUUUGGCUGAAAAUAUGUAACCACGCCCUCCAUAACACCGCCACAGUGAGGUGCCCAGCUCUUAGGGAAUCAAAAAAAAAGUUACUCAAACAGCCAUGGAGCAGCACAGUGGCGCUAACAUGGAUCCACUGUGAAACUGCAAUGACUGCACUGUAUCCUUCAAAGGCUGACUAAGCACAAGCGGCUUAGAUCCAAGCUAGUAGUAGUUUGAUGUAAACAUGUUACAGUGCGUUUUUAUUACUAUGACUAGUUGUUUGAGCAAAGAGGUUGCCAAUUGUUUUAAGACGGUUAAAGACAGUGACAGACAGAACCAGAGAUGGAGUAUAACCAGUCAUUCUGUUUCAUUCUGCAGGGGUUAAACUGGAUUGUGUGAUGGCAGUGGAGUCCUGUUCUUAAAUAACAUAAGAACAACCACUCGCACAGAGGGUAGGAGUUGAGCACCUGCUUACUUCUCCAGUUUAACCCCUGUGUCAGUGUCCAUGAUUUUAUAUUUCAUUGUGAUCUGACUUGUUCUUGAAAGACUGACAGCCCUUUGGUCCAAUUUGGUGAAAAAAAAUAAAUUCAACAAUGCA